AUGCUGCUGCUGGGAGCUGCGCUGCUACAAUUCCAGGCUUUCCUCCGGGUCUACAUCAAGACACGGAGUAUCCAGAGACGGAACAAAGCCGGCUGCUCCUUCACGCUCUUCAGUUUCGAAGAGUUGGCGCUAGCGACGAAGAACUUCAGCGACAAAGAGCUGCUCGGCCGCGGAGGGAUGGGAAGCGUCUACAAGGGAGUGCUGUCCAGCGACGGCUCGGUUGUGGCGGUGAAGCUGCUGGCCAACGAUUCCAAGGAGAGCCACCACCAGUUUAUAUCGGAGCUGUCCAUCAUCUCCCGCCUCCAGCACAAGAACUUGGUCUCUCUCCGAGGCUGGUGUCACGAGAAGAGCAAACUCAUCCUCGUCUACGAGUUCAUGCCCAACGGGAGCCUCGACACCAUCCUGUUCGACCACCGGCGCGUUCUCCAGUGGGAUCAGCGGUACAACAUCGCCCGAGGCAUCGCCGAAGCGCUCGCCUUCUUGCACGGAGGAUGGGAGCACAAGAUCGUCCACCGGGACGUGAAAGCCGCAAACGUUUUGCUGGAUGCUGAUUUCGUUCCCCGGCUCGGCGACUUCGGCCUAGCUCGAUUCAUGGACGCCACCACCGAGGACAUGACCAAAGUCGGAACCUUGGGAUACAUCGCUCCCGAGUUGGCGUACACCGGAAGAGCAACCGUAAAGUCGGACGUCUACGGCUUUGGAGUGGUCCUCUUGGAGAUCGCAACCGGCCUCCACGCGCUGGACAAGAGCUUCGAAGCCGAUGGAAUAACUCUGCUCGACUGGGUGUGGAAGGCCAACACCGGAGGAAUGCUGCUCGAGGCCGCGGACGUGAAGUUGAUCAAGUGCUUCGAUGCGUCGCAAAUGGAGCGCGUCUUGACCCUCGGACUCUUGUGCUGCCAUCCCGAUGCGGAUAGCAGGCCGACGAUGCGAGAAUGUUGCCAGUUUCUGAGUGGAGACGUGCCGGCCCCCGUGCCGCCAACUUCCCGGCCUGUAACGCUCAGCUAUUACGCGGAGCACCCGGCAAUACAGGCCUUGAACGAGCCCUGA